AUGUCAUCAAUCCCUACUACACAAAGUGCAUAUGUUAUUAAUGGAGCUAAGGGCGAGGUCAAGUCAGUGGCCGUUCCUAAGCUUGCUUCAGGUCAAGUUCUCAUCAAGAACGAGGCAGUAGCUAUCAAUCCAACUGAUUGGAAACAUGUGGACUUUCAAUUGGGUGUUGAUGGAGCCAUUGUCGGUUGCGACGUUGCUGGCACUGUCGUAGCUGUUGGUGAGGAUGUUAAAGGAGUCAAAGUUGGCGACCAAUUGUUUGGUCUUGUUUCGGGAGCUUCUGCCAUUACUCCUGAAAACGGCGGUUUUGCCGAGUACUCUGCUAUUUACGCUGAUAGAUCUUUAAAGGUUGGUAACAAAUUGGAACAUGCCAAGGGUGAUUCACUUCCUGCUGGUCCUGUUACCACCUGGGAGGGAGCUGCUUCGUUGCCAGUUGGUUUGAUUACCAGUUUGAUUGGUUUUGUACACUGGGCUAAGCUACCUAUCCACCACGAGUCCAAGUUCAACGACCAGUACUUCCUUGUUUGGGGAGGAGCCUCUUCAUUGGGUCAAUUGGUUAUCCAAUUUGCGAAGAAGGUUGGUUUCAAGGUGAUUGCUACUGCUUCUUCUCACAACUUCGACCUUCUCAAGGAGCUCGGUGCUGAAGCAGUGUUUGAUUACCAUGACAAGGAUGUGUUGGAGCAGAUCUCCAAGCACGCUGGUGACGACAUCACCUAUGCUUACGACACUAUCACUACACCUCCUACCACCUUAAAUGUAUACUCAGUUCUGUCCAAGACCCGUGAGAGUGUUUUGCUCACCUCGCUGAACUUCGAUGAGAAGACUAUCAAGGAGGUCAACCCCAAGGUCAAGGCCAUUGACUUCCCCCUGGCAUACCUUGCAAUUGACAAGAAGAAGAAGUUCGGCGCUACUGGAUUCGAGAUCUCCAGCCCCGCCGGUUUGUUUGAGGAUACAGUUAAAGGAGUCAGCGAGGUCAACGAGGGCUAUGCCAAAGAUCCUGCCUACCUCCGUCACAUCCCUGUCAAGAUUGUCCGCGGCGGCCUCUCUGCUCUCGACGAGGCUCUCGACAUUGUUCGCCAGGGCAAGAACUCCGGUGUCAAGAUUGUAGUCCCUCUCUAA